AUGUUGCGAGCACCACAGGAAGCCCAUAAUAAAAAUCCAAAGGAGGAAGUAGUCAGCGGACAUCUUCACAAAACAAAAAUAACCAAGAUGGCGGCCUUCAAGGACUCUUUCUUUCCCCACACCGAUUGGCCGGCCACAGUGUUUUCUGUAGAUUGCACUGGAAGUCAUGCUGUAUUAGGAGCUCGUAAAGGYUUGGCCUUCAUUAAUUUAGAGAAUCCUUCUGUCAUYGCCAAGAAGGUGACCAGAAACAGCAAGUGGGAAUGUGGCACUACUGAAUGGAAUCCACACAUUUCUCAUAARCAUACACUWGUCUCUGUGUCUAACCAAAAAGCAGAAAUUUGGAGRUGGAGAGAUGGUAGYGGUACACAACAGCAGAUUCUCAGAGCYCACACAAGAGCAAUAAGUGAUGUGAAUUGGUCAUGGUAUGACCCUCAGCUUCUUUCUACUUGCUCUGUGGACCAGUUUGUGUAUAUUUGGGAUUUAAGGGAUGGCAAGAAGCCUGCCACCUCUUUACAGACAGUUGUUGGUGCCUCUCAAGUGAAAUGGAACAGAGAAGACAGACAUGUUCUUGCUACAAGCCAUGAUGGAGACAUCAGAGUAUGGGACCUUAGAAAAGGUAACGCCCCUGUAGUCUACAUAACAGCUCAUCUAUCCAAGGUGCACGGCAUUGACUGGUCAUAUAACAGUAGUAUGGCACUUGCAACAUGCAGUAAUGACUCGACUGUCAAGUUAUGGAACACACAGAAUCCUCAACAGCCAGAAGCAAAGUUGAAUGCAAGUUACCCAGUCUGGAGAGCACGAUAYACACCGUUUGGUCAUGGGCUGGUAACAGUUGUUGUUCCUCAGCUUAGACGUGGCGAACACUCUCUGUGUCUGUGGAACACUGCCAACAUGACUUCCACAGUACCACCCCCUGUGCACACAUUUGAUGGUCAUACUGAUGUAGUGCUGGACUUCCAUUGGAGGUCACAGAGUGUGGAUGGAGAAGACCAGUUCCAGCUUAUCUCUUGGUCAAAAGACAACUGUCUCAGAAUGUGGUCACUGGAGCCUCGAAUAAUUUCAGCAUGUAGUGAAAAUCCUCAAAGUGACCACACAGAAAUGAGCUCUUCUGUUGAAGUGUUAUCCACUGGAAGCCCAAGCUAUGGAUCAUUUGAGAUAAUGAGCGAGAAACGAUCAUCCAUACCACAAACAAUUCAGCAAGAAUUUGCAUUGAUAAAUGUUAACAUUCCUAACGUUACUGUAGAACAGAUGGAUGCUAGUCAGCGGUGUUGUACAGUAUCCGUGACAAGUGGUCCACAUGUCACGCUGUCAAUUCAUUUUCCCGCCAUGUAUCCAAAUAACGCAAUCCCUUCRUUCGAGUUCACACCGGAUACAGCGUUGUCACURAGCACGAAAACUAAACUUAUCAAGACUUUACGCGAGACAGCUCAGAGUCACGUCAAACUAAAUCAAACAUGUCUAGAGCCMUGUUUACGACAGCUUGUCAGCCAUGUUGAAGGAUUGACUAUUCAGGAGGAGCAACUAAUUGUUGAUGUGCGUGAGCCAAUCACCUAUCGACGCGACGUAUCCUACGGUAGYUACCAGGACGCCGCGAUACCUUUCCCCAGGACUUCAGGAGCGMGAUUUGGAGCCAAUGGUUUUCUUGUUUGCUUUACUCGACCAAGUUCUUCCAAGGAACCAACGCCCAGGUCACUGUCAGCAUUAUCUGCCUACAACUACCGACCAGGAAGUGGUCCUGCUUUACCACCGUUAAUCAACUCCAGUAGUAGCCUCGGUAAUCAAAGACAUUCCAAAACAUUUGGAUCAUUUGGUCAACUUGGAGGCGCUCAAAGGAAAGCUGGAUACUUUAGAACCCUUAGCCAGGACAAUCGUAAGWCUUUUAGAGGACAGUCAACACGAAGCUCGUCAACUGCUGGUUUAGUCGUUAUUCACGACGUGAGUGCCUUGAUGCCGCUUCAUCAAAACCUUGCACAACUAUACACGCUUGAAGGUAAUGACAUUGUYGAGAUAUGCAAGAAAAACAAGUCGGCAGCAAUGUCUGUUGGUCGGCGAGACCUGGUGCAGACUUGGUCGUUAYUAGGACUGGUACUAGAUAGAACGCUGGCACAGUUUUCAGACGUUGUUGACGUCACGCCUUGGGCACGACAUCCAUUUGGAAGGAAUCUUAUUCAAUCUCUAAUAACUUACUACACAAAGAUACACGACGUUCAAAUGCUGGGCAUGCUKGCAUGUAUAUUAUGCCAUCACUCGUUACCAGACUGCCUCAAACCUCCUGGAAUUCAACCACAUCUCAUUGGAAGCAAGUCUUUUACGUUUGGAACAACGUUAUAUACAUCRUCCCCUCCUGUCAUCUACGAAACUCAACAUCCGUCAGUCAAACGAUCCAGGUCAGCAAUGAGCAACAGUACGGACACCAGUCCCCAAGACAACCCUUGGAGCGAUGUUACCAUGCCCUUUGAAAGCUGGACUCCUCCCGAGUUUAUCAUUAAAAAAGAUUUGGCAGAGGAACAGAGAAAAGCACAUGAGAAAAACUGCCGGUUAACCAAGGCAAGCGAAGUUCAAUUAAACGAUCAUUUCAAGAAAAAAUACGCCGAUGUCCUUCAUCGAUGGAACAUGCUUGAAAAGCGUGUUGAAAUUUUGAAGUUUCUCAGCGUUAGACAAGAAUCACAGAAAAAUAAUGAGGUUAGCUCACGAUGUUAUAAUUGUCGAAAGAAAGUCAACGGUGCGCUCUGUCACACCUGUAGACGAUUUGGUCUCAAAUGCGCCAUAUGUCACGUGGCUGUCAGAGGUGCCAGUAAUGUNUUUGGAAGUUUACAUCAAGAGGUCAUUUGCAGCUCUCUU